GGCCCCCGCCGCCAUGCCCAGCCCCGUCCGUCGCCCCCCCGGCCCCCCCGGUUUAACCCCGUUACCGGCGGACGGUUCGGCCUUGUUACGGGCCGUAGCCCAGGGCAAAUUCCGUCUGACUCGCCUCUUGUUGGAAGGGGGGGCCUACAUCAACGAGGGCAACGCCGCCGGGCAAACCCCUUUGAUGGCCGCCUGCCGGGGGGGUUACGCCGACCCCCCCGAACAACCCCGGAUGGUGAGGUACCUUUUGGAAAACGGGGCCGAUCCCAACAUCCCGGAUAAAACGGGGAAAACGGCUUUGAUGCACGCUUGCGCCGAGCAGGCCGGGCCGGCGGUGGCCACCAUUUUGUUGGCCUACGGGGCCGAUCCCAGCGUCCGCGAUUACGCCGGGGCCUCCGCUUUGGUUUACGCCAUCAACCGGGGCGACCGGGAGACUUUGCAGGUUUUGUUGGACGCCUGUAAAGCCCGAGGGAAGGAGGUCAUCAUCAUCACCACCGACACCUCCCCCUCGGGGGCCAAAACCACCCGCCAAUACCUCAACUCCCCCCCAUCGCCGGGCCUGAAGGAGGAGGAGGAGGAAGAAGAAGAGGAUGAGGAGAAACCCUCCCCGGCCCUUUGCAUGUCGCCCUCCGACAUCGAGGUGCGGACGGCGGCGUCGCCGGGGGGAAGCGAGAAGGAAGAGGAGAGGGAUGUUUUCUGCUUCCCCCCCCCGACUGGCACAUCUGGGUCCCAGCACAUCUGGGCACUGGGCUAA